CUACGAUUUCGUUUGACAUCAUCAGUGUAUCCAACAUGGAGUCGUUGCUGAAAGCAGUAAGGCGAAGUCCGAAUGUUUUACGUGAUCCUUUUGGGAAAUCCAGACAUAAAAAGUUACCCGAGGGUUGGGGGGAGAACAAUGGAGCAAUUAGUGACGGGAUGACCUUCUACCUGAAACACCUGGGCUCCACCCUGGUGGAGGAGCUCCCUGAGGGGGACAGCUAUGGGGAUGGGAUCAGUUCUAAGGCUGUCGCCAGUAUUGUUUCUAUGGCAAAAGCUGCUGGAAAGAAGUUAAAAAAGGUCGCCAUAACUGUUUCUCCAAAAGGAAUUAAAGUUGUGGAUUUAAUUACAAAGGAAGUCAGUGUUGAAGUAUCUAUAUACAGAAUUUCUUUUUGCACAGCUGACCGAAACCAUGAUAAAGUAUUUGCAUUUAUAGCGAGAAACACAAUCAAUGAGACAAUGGAGUGUCAUGCCUAUCUGUGCGCCAAAGCCAAAAUUGCUCAAGCAGUUACAUUAACAGUGUCACAGUCAUUUAAUGUGGCCAAUGAAAUCUGGCAAAAGCAUGAAGCUAAGAAGAAGCAGAAAGAAAGGGAAAAUCAAGAGAAGAAAUGUACAUCAGACAAGAGAGUGUCCAGUCCGGUCCAGAUGCAUAUGGUUUUGGUAGAUGCUGACAUCCACGGCCCUAACAAUCCCUCGUCUAACUCUCCAUGCGCAAUAUCAACAGAUAGUGUAUCUUCCUCUUCUUCUGGGGGUAAUCUGAACAAUUUUGAAGAUGAAGAUUCAUCACUGGAUGAUGACUUUUCAAGAUUAGCUGCUGAUCGAAGUAAGCAGGACCAGACCUUCUUUAGAACAGACUUACGACAAGCAGAUGUAGAUGAAUCUGUUCACCAAUACAUCAAUGAGGAGAAAUGCUAUGAAGCUUUCACUAGACAGAAAUCAGUGGAAGAUUUACUGUCACUAUGACAAAAAUCUUUCUUUCGUGUUUUCCCCAAUGGUGUUGUAAAUUGUGAUAUGACUUUUUCUUCUGAGGACUUCUGUGUGCUCGUGACAACUGCCAUCCAGCUUUUCAUAACGGCCAGCGCAAUUGCUGCAGUCAGAAGCCACAAAACUGCCAUUUUGUUAGUCCAGACGCUUGACCUGAUUGACAUGUAGGGUCAAGUACAUACCGCCACCAUUGCUUUGGAGGUAGCUUUCUGAUUUGCUGUUGGUACAUCUCUCUUUAAAUAAUGACAGUCUCGUUUUCACAAACAGGUCAGCUGUUUAUGAAUGAAGGCUUUGGGGAAUCCCUCACUGACAUGACGUACAGCAUACAACUAUUGGUAUCAUCGUUAUCAGAUUCAUCCAACCGUGACCCAACAUCUGUCCUAAACACUAAAGUAAAUCUGCCGUGCAUUAAAAAUGUAAGGAAUGCAGAAUUUUGUUUUCUUCAACCCACACAGGUGGCUUGUUUGAAUGUGCGUUUGGAUAACAUUGCACUGCACAUAUUGGCCAACAGGCGGGAUACGGAAAAUCUCUCAUUGUCGAAAUUAUUCCCUACGUGAAGAAGGAAGAACUGCCUCAGUUUUAUUUCGUCAGGGUGUCGUGGUUGAGUUGCCCGUCAUGUUCACGCAGGCCUACUUAUCCGUCACAUGUUACUGCCUGGAGAAUAUCUCCAUAUGAAACAGCGGCAAGUUGAACAUCAGCAGUAGUCAGUGCUAGAACCUAUGUUGUCAGAUCAGGGUCGGUAACAAGGGACUAGGUACUGGACUACCCAUUUUAUUUGUCAGCCAUGACAGUUUGUGUAACUAUGGUAACACUGGCAGUCAAGUUUAUUAUCACUGGAUGAAAAGACAACAUUCUGACCAGUCUUAAGACAACAUCAUGAACUACUCCUCUCUCAGAGUAGUUAUAAUUGUGAUUGACGCACAAGGCAUGUUGAUCAGAGGAUGUUGACAAAUCGAUAUAAAGCACUCUCAUUUGUAAUCAGAUUUUAUAUUUAUUGGUUAAAGUACGGUAUAUUGGCUCUAUAUUUGUGCUUUCUCGUGGUGCUGCAUUUGUCAGUUUCCUCCCAGUGUGUUUUUGAGGAUUCAUUCUGAGACUUCCAAAGUGGUCUCCCCUUUAAUCAUCUUAUUUUGCUUCAAGCCUUCAUUCCAUACAUGGACAGUUCGCCUGUUCCUGCCAGCUCAACAACUUACGACUGUGUAUUCAUUUCAUGUGAAAAUUUAAGUGAAAAAAAUAUUAGCGAGGAUAAAAUUAAGUACUCAUCAGGGCAGGUUAUGCUCAUAUUAGUACUGUUGCAAGUGAGCUUGUCUGAAAAAAAAAAUUUUACAUUGCAAACUUAAAACAUACUGUGCCAGUUAACAUUCAAGUAUUGGUUAAUAUUUGAUGAUCAGAAAUUGUUUUCAGUUAUUGUCAUCAGGUAAUUGGCUUUGCAACUUUAGUUGGCUCUAUGAUUCAGUCAUUCAAAUCUGACCCAUCUUAGGCCUUACAUGUGCAGUGGUUACAUGUACUUCACAAUGCAAUUUAUUUAACAGGGCAUUUAAUGAACAUGCCAGAAUUUAUAUUUAUUGUUUUGUUUAUGAGUUUUAUGUAAGAGCUUAUUUAGCUGUUAUUCUUUAGCUUUUUGUUAUUUGCGCAUCCAUAUGGUAAAUUGUAUUUUCUCCAUAAAUAUGAUAGCCAGUCAUGAAUGCAUGUUUUUGAACUUAUUUAUUAAAUGUUUAGAUUGUGAAAUGUAUGUAACACAUUUGUGUUGUUAUUUUCUAGUUCAUUUAUUGGUUAAUACAUAAUCUGUACCUUUCUUUCAAAGUCAUGGUUUUCUUGGGUGGGUUGGAGUUUACCAUGGGAAUGGAUUACCAGUCCAUGGAUGAACAUAACUCUGUUCUCUUUCACUUAAAUAUCCAUCCCACCCCCCACCCCCGACCCCCACCUGAAUUUGUAAUGUUAUUGUGAAUGAUUUUCAUUCAGAAAGCUGUCAUGGUAUAUUGUACAUCAGCUGAUAGCAGUUCAAAACUGAGAAAUAUAAUUCCUGUAAUACAUUUUAGUUAUCAUAGGUCAAUGCAACUCUCUUUCCCGAAGACCUUCACACAAUCGUAAAAUGUUCAAGUUUGGAACUCUUUACUCCCCAACCCUAUGCAGGUAAAAUCAGCUAAAACAACUACAGCUGAUUAAAAUAGUGCUUGCAUUAAAAAAACGUGAAAUUGCAUGCCAUGUAAGUUAACUUGGUUGAACGACACAUUGGCGUGUCAGUAAUAUAACAGUAAUAAGCUUUGCAAUCAUAAUGAAAAGAAAUGUACAUGUAAUUGUUUUUUUUCUCUGGAGCUUGAAUAUCCUGAAUAUCGCACGCAUUUCAUUUCCAAUACCUGUAUGUAUUGUUACACAUUGUUUCUGUUUAUACAUUAGCCGUUUUGGCUAAGGCUUUUAAGUUAAAAAGUUUCAUUGGCCCUGACCGCUUUUGAAUAUACUGUUAAACACCAGUAAAUUAAAUAAAAUUUUCAGUUCAUUCGAUGCAGUAGGGCACGUUUUAGGUCUUUUCUUAAAGCUUUAAAACAUUUCCGUAACUGUCUUUACUUGUGCUUCCAUUGCGUGCAUGUAUUUGUACGAGACGUGUAAAUUUGUCUUCACAAGUAUAGCUAAAACUGCCUGGAAUAGUCAGUCCCUCUUAAUUAUGUUGCUUUGUUAUUUUCCAGAUUUAGAACGCUUUGUAUGCCCAUUCAUUGCAAACAUAAUCGCUGGCCCUAAAUGAUUUAGUGUGGGCCCAAGUUUGCCCCUUUAAAGAAAGUUGUAUUGCCUGUAUUUUAACAUCUACGUGUCCUUUGUUUGACAUGGGGUGUAAUUUUCUGUUAUUCUUCAUGACAUGGGGUGUAAUUUUCUGUCAUUCUCCAUGACAUGGGGUGUAAUUUUCUGUUAUUCUUCAUGACAUGGGGUGUAAUUUUUGGUUAUUCUUCAUGACCUGGGGUGUAAUUUUCUGUUAUUCUUCAUGACAUGGGAUGACAAUUUUCUGUUGUUCUACAUUGUUACAGUGUACAUGUAUGUCCUUGUUAUUACAUAAUGAAUAUGUAAAUCAUACAUGUUUGAUUCAUCAAGUCCUAAUAUAUCAGUGAAGUACCACCCCUUCAUAAUUUUAUUGG